UACCAAGAACUCACCCUUUUGAAGCUGCACCACACCUGGGUUUAUCUAAUCCCCUUUGGCUCUAAUUGUUUUGAGCAAAAAAAAGAUUUUUUUCUUUUUUCAAAAAAAAAAAAAAGAACCCAAUAAUCCUUUUGCGAUAUUUCAGUGGCUCUGGUGCUGCCAAUGCAUUCACGUAAUGCCACAUGAAAAAAUAACAUAAUUAUUCCCUCCCAAUAUUAAUGUGACAACAGUACAACAGGAAAACACUGAAACUUGACAUUCCCACACAGCCUCGUGCCUAAGUCAGUCUCUCUCUCUCUUCUCUCUCUCUCUCUCUCUCUCUCUCUGCUAUUUCCUACCUGGCUGGGAAACUCAAAACUAGACGCCAAGAGAAGUUCCUAAGGUUAGGAACUAGCAGCUUUUGCUGUCUUUACCUCCUGAAUCGUAUCAGAAUAUACUUUGUAAGGAGGUAAGCUUAUCACCAUGCCUCUGAAGGCGUUAGACUAUGAGUCAAUCAAUGAAAACGUAAAGAAAACUCAAUAUGCUGUCAGAGGUGAACUGUACCUUCGAGCAUCUGAGCUCCAGAAGGAAGGAAAGAAGAUCAUCUUCACAAAUGUUGGGAACCCUCACGCACUAGGACAGAAGCCGCUGACAUUCCCUCGCCAGGUGGUUGCUCUGUGCCAAGCUCCAUUUCUUUUAGAUGAUCCUAAUGUGGGACUUCUCUUCCCUGCUGAUGCAAUUGCAAGAGCUAAACAUUAUCUCUCAUUGACUUCGGGUGGUCUAGGUGCCUAUAGUGAUUCCCGAGGCGUUCCGGGGAUCAGGAAGGAAGUCGCGGAGUUCAUUGGAAGGCGUGAUGGAUAUCCAAGCGACCCUGAACUCAUAUUUCUGACGGAUGGUGCUAGCAAAGGUGUGAUGCAGAUGUUAAACACUAUCAUUCGCGGUGAAGGAGAUGGGAUUUUGGUUCCUGUCCCACAAUACCCACUCUACUCGGCUGCAAUAACUCUAUUUGGUGGUUCUCUUGUUCCAUAUUACCUAGAGGAGACUGCAAACUGGGGUCUUGAUGUUGAUGACCUUCGGCAGUCGGUUGCACAGGCUCGCUCUAAGGGAAUAACGGUGAGAGCAAUGGUGAUUAUAAACCCUGGCAACCCUACUGGUCAAUGUCUCAGUGAAGCCAAUUUGAGAGAAAUAUUAAAAUUCUGUUACCAAGAAAACCUAGUAUUGCUCGGAGAUGAGGUUUAUCAGCAGAAUAUAUACCAGGACGAGCGUCCCUUUAUCAGUUCAAGAAAGGUAUUGCUGGAUAUGGGGCCACCAAUAAGCAAGGAGGUCCAGCUCAUUUCUUUCCACACUGUGUCCAAAGGAUAUUGGGGUGAAUGCGGUCAGCGUGGUGGAUACUUUGAGAUGACCAACAUUCCUCCGGAGACAGUUGAUGAGAUCUAUAAGGUGUCCUCAAUAUCACUGAGUCCAAAUGUUCCUGCACAGAUAUUUUUGGGUUUGAUGGUCAACCCUCCCAGGCCUGGAGAUAUUUCAUACGAGCAAUAUGUCAGAGAAAGCAAAGGGAUCCUUGAAUCACUAAGGAGAAGAGCAAGUAUAAUGACUGAUGGAUUUAACAGCUGCAGAAAUGUAGUCUGUAAUUUCACUGAAGGUGCUAUGUAUUCAUUCCCGCAAAUUCGUUUGCCACCAAAAGCCAUCGAGGCUGCUAAAAGGGCCGGAAAAGUUCCAGAUGUGUUCUACUGUCUCAAGCUACUGGAAGCCACUGGCAUUUCCACUGUUCCUGGUUCAGGCUUUGGGCAGAAAGAAGGGAUGUUCCACUUGAGGACAACCAUCUUGCCAGCGGAGGAAGACAUGCCGGCGAUCAUGGAGAGUUUCAAGAAGUUCAAUGAUGAGUUCAUGGAGCAAUAUGAAGACCAUAGAGGUUAUUCAAGGAUGUGAAAAAUCCUUCAAAAUCAAGUUGUAUUUAUAGUUAUCCCCACCAUUUUCUUGCUAUUUUAUACUUCUCAAUCGGUCCAUAAACCUCAUUCUGUUGAAGACUGUCCUCACACAUUAUUUGUCUUUAUUAUGUAUCUAUCUCAAAACCUUUACUAUAAAUUGUUGAGGGACUAAAUUCUAACUUUGA